AUGAGAUGGCAGAACCGGAGCACUGUGUCUGAAUUCCUCCUCCUGGGGCUCCCCGUCCGGCCGGAGCAGCAGGGCAUGUUCUUCGCCCUGUUCCUGGGCAUGUACUUGACCACGGUGCUGGGGAACCUGCUCAUCAUCCUGCUCAUCAGGCUGGACCCUCGCCUCCACACCCCCAUGUACUUCUUCCUCAGCCACUUGGCCUUCACUGACAUUUCCUUUUCAUCUGUCACCAUCCCAAAGAUGCUGAUGAAUAUGCAAACUCAACACCCAUCCAUCUCUUAUCCAGAGUGUAUUUCACAGACGUAUUUUUACAUAUUUUUUGGUUGUGUUGAUAAUCUCCUUCUUGCAGUGAUGGCAUAUGACAGGUAUGUGGCCAUCUGUCACCCUCUACGCUACACCAUCAUCAUGAGGAAGGAGCUGUGUGUCCUGCUGGUGGCUGGCUCUUGGAUGCUCUCCUGUGGCAGUGCCCUCUUGCAUACUCUACUUCUGGCCCAGCUGAUGAGGAGGGAUAAUCAGAGCUCCUUGUCUGAAUUUCUCCUCCUGGGGCUUCCCAUCCGGCCGGAGCAGCAGGGCAUGUUCUUCGCCCUGUUCCUGGGCAUGUACUUGACCACGGUGCUGGGGAACCUGCUCAUCAUCCUGCUCAUCAGGCUGGAUCCUCGCCUCCACACCCCCAUGUACUUCUUCCUCAGCCACUUGGCCCUCACUGAUGUCUCUUUCUCAUCAGUCACAGCCCCAAAGAUGCUGAUAAACAUGCAGACACAGAGUCAAUCCAUCUCAUACUCUGGGUGCAUUUCCCAGGUAUUUUUUUUCUUAUUUUUUGGUUGUAUUGACAACUUCCUUCUGACCUCAAUGGCCUAUGACAGAUAUGUGGCCAUUUGUCACCCCCUCUACUACACCACUGUCAUGAGUCAGAGCCUGUGUUUCCUGCUAGUAACUAUGUCUUGGGUCUCAUCCUUUGCCAGUGCUCUCCUGCACACUCUGCUCCUGGCCCAUCUCUCUUUCUGUGGAGACAAUACUCUCUCCCACUUCUUCUGUGACCUCUCUGCCUUACUUAAGCUGUCCAGCUCAGACACCACAACCAAUGAACUGGUUAUCCUCACUGUGGGAGGGGUGGUCAUUACCCUUCCUUUCAUAUGCAUCCUUGUCUCUUACGGCCACAUUGGGGCCACAAUCCUGAGAGUCCCCUCAGCCAAGGGGAUUUGCAAAGCCUUGUCCACCUGUGGCUCCCACCUCUCUGUGGUGUCUCUGUAUUAUGGGGCAAUUAUUGGAUUGUACUUUUUCCCCUCAUCCAAUAACUCCAGUGACAAGGAUGUCAUUGUGGCUGUAUUAUACACAUUGGUUACUCCCAUGCUAAAUCCUUUUAUCUAUAGCCUGAGAAAUCGGGACAUGAAAGGAGCUCUAGGAAAUAUACUCAACAGAAGAACACUUUCCCCAUAG